UUAAUCAUGUGUGGUCACGAGGAAAUAAAACUUGAAAACCAUGCCAAAGCCAUACCUUUCCUCCAUGGAAUGAGUUGAUUAAAUUUCUUGGUUACAAAGCUUAGAACCAUAAUUUCCUUUCCAACAUUGCAUAUAUGUUGGCACCCCCCACGACGCAUGAAUCACAACAGUGCGAAGAAUUGAACUUGGUUUAGGAGAAUCAACAAACAAAUAAAAAAGACAAUUUUCAAUCAUUCAAUUGGUAAUUAACCAUGCCAAUAGUUGUAAUCCGUUCCCGUGAACAUGCACAGAGACCAGGUUUGUUUGACCGUCAAAGACCACUUCAUGCAGCCCUUGGUGGAGGAAAGCUUGCUGAUAUAUUGCUAUGGAAAGACAAGAUAUCAGCAGCAGCAAUUGUAGCUGGGUUCUCCAUCAUCUGGUUUCUCUUUGAAGUGGUCGAAUGCCAUUUUGUUACUCUACUUUGUUACAUCAUCAUGGCCAUUAUGCUCGUCUUAUUCGUAUGGUAUAAUGCAGCUGGACUGAUCACAUGGAGCCUACCUCAAAUCUAUGAUUUUGAAAUCCCAGAACCCACCUUUAGAUACUUUUAUAAAAAGCUGAACUCGUUCUUGAGGAAAUUUUAUGACAUUUCAACUGGGAAAGACCUCACACUCUUCUUUGUGACAGUCUCGGGUCUCUGGAUCAUGUCAGCUAUUGGGAAUUAUUUUACCACUUUGAAUCUCCUAUAUAUCAUGUUCCUCUGCUUGGUGACCCUUCCGAUCAUGUAUGAACGGUAUGAACAUGAGGUGAAUUAUCUAGCAAGCAAAGGAAACCAAGACGUGAAGAGAUUGUUCAACACAUUUGAUUCUAAAGUUCUCAACAAGAUUCCAAGGGGACCUGUGAAAGAAAAGAAGCACAAAUGAAGUUUAGAUAUGCAAUGCACGAAAUAUUAUACAAGUUGUACCACUAUUUCCUGCCUUAAGUAUGCAAAAAAAAAAUGCUUGUAAAAUCUCUGAAACCAAGAGUUUGAAACAACAUAUUAAUUGAAGGUUCAUAUUAUUUAAAAUAAAUCACAGCAUUCAUAAUUUCUUUGGACAA